AACGCGGAAAUGAAUCUUUUCCGCAAUUUCCCAUUAGUUCUUAUUUCAUAUUUAUUAGAUAAGUAGUAAAAAUGACCGUGUUUGCAUUAGCGUCUUAUCCAGAGGUGUGUCGAAUUUGCCUGCAUUCCAUCCCUGUGGGAUCGGAGAUACCACUGAAGAAAUGUGAUCCGGCGUUGAACGAUACUUUGGAUCGGGUGACGUACCCCAUUCCAAAGAACAUUGAACAUCUUUUUCCCCAACAAGUUUGCGAAAAUUGCCACCAGUCUUUGAAGUCUUUCAUUGCUUUUCGGUCAAAUAUGAUUCUUCUCCAUAAGUUGAUGGACGCAUUGAAGGAGGUGAAACAGGCUAACCCCAGUCCGAUCAUAAAUCUGUUCCAGAACCGACCGGAAAUAGUUCCGUUGCUUCAAGCCUUGGACCUGUGCAACUCAGAAAAAACCUCCGUUGACGAUUUACUGAAUGAGUUCCCCAACUAUAAACUGGCUCAACUACCAGAUAAAUGUGAACCACAACGAGAAGAAAUCGAAGAUAAAAUUUUGGGCGAUGAUGAAUUUCAAACUCCAUCCUUCGAACCACAUUUAACGAUAGAAUUGUUUGAGACUACUGAAUCGAUUGUAAAAUCAGAUCCGAAAAACGGAAAGUUAAAUAAACCUGCGAAAGCGCUGGUAGAAAUGUUACAAGGUUUGCCGGAAAUAAGCUUCGAACACAAGCCUGUGAUCAAAGCAAAACGUAAAAAGACGAUCAAUAUCUUUGGAUGUUCCAAGUGUGAUUUCAAAACUGUAUAUAAACAAAAUAUUGAAGCGCACAAAAGAAGCCAUUUGAGGAGGGAAAGCAAACAGUACGUCUGUCAAGAGCCCGGUUGUAUGAAGGUGUUUGCUGAGUCACUGGGCUACCAGACCCAUAGGGCGAACCAUUAUCUGUUCACGUGCGAAAACUGUGGUGGGCGAUAUAAAACAAAAACUGCUCUCAAUAGUCACCUGCAGACACACGAAAGUAACCCCGUAUUUACCUGCCCGUACUGCAACUAUAAGGCAAUUAAAAGGGAAUAUGUCAUGAAUCACGUAAAAAGCCAACACCAGAGAAGUAAUGCAUUUAAAUGUGACAUAUGUGAGCUGGUUUUCACGCGAAAAUCUGGUAUGAUGGAUCACAGGAAUACUCAUACAAAAGAAAAAAUCUUUAAUUGCUCGAUAUGCGAGAAAGUGUUCUACGCUGCAAAAUAUUUGAAAAAACACGUUAAAGUUGUGCACGAAAAAAAGCGAAUAUUGUGUGAAUAUUGCCCAAAAGACUUUCGUACCAAAUGCUGUCUAUUAGAUCAUAUCGAGAAGGACCAUGGGAUUCAAAAGCGCUUCAUAUGCGAUAUUUGUUUGAAAGUAUCAUCAACGCAGUCUGCCCUGGACGAGCACACAAAGCGUCAUGAAAACCCUAAUCAUCUGGAAUGCGGUCGUUGCUUGCUUCUGAACAGCACCCAGGAAGCUUUGGGCAACCAUCUCUGCAUUAGCUACAGAGACGAUUACGUUUGCUGUGGUAGAGAUCAGCGUCAUCAUACGCAGUUUAACAAGCACAUGUUCCUGGUCCACGGUUUGCGUACAAAUGUCAGAGUCAAACCGGUACCCGGCGAACUGAUUGGUGUAACGCGAUCCAAAAGGAAGCGCAUCGAAAGCUGUUCGCUUUGUGGGGAGAUGUUCGACACCAGAACGUUGAAGAAGAAACACAUGGAAAUCUGCCGAGAAUCUGUCUGAAGAAGAAGUUAAAUAAGGAAAGUCGAUACAAAGGAUAAAUUGGACUGUUUACUAUUGAAAUAGGAGUUCUUCGAAAUCUACCGAAGGGUAAGUAUGUAGGUACGUUUGUUUUUCCGUUUUGAGUUAACUCCAUAGAUUGUUACUUUUUGCAAACAUCAAAUCUAACUGUUG